UAUGUGGAAUUUCAAAUAUUUAAAUUUUUAGUGUCAAAAUGGCUGAAGAAGCAGACAGUGAUUCUGGUGACAGUACGGACGUAUUCAGUGAAAAAUUUGAUUCUUUCAAGGCUUUAUAUUCGGAUAAAGUUAAUGUUCCGGUUCCCGAUGCUCCCAUCUUCGACAAUAUCAGUAAAUUUGAGUCCGUUGUACUCAAGGGGUGUAUAAUAAAGGCAAGUGACAGCAGAGCGCGGCUAAAGAAGGAAGGGGAAAGCUCUGUUCGAAGGUUUUUGCCACAUCAAGAAUCAACAAGGGCAGUUAACGAUCAAAGACAACAAAGAUUUUCUGAAAAAAAUGUUAUAAAUAGAAUGCAGAAGGCACUUGGCCCACUAGCUGUUCUCUAUCUGUAUAUGGAAAAUAAAAUUCGAGUGAAGGUUUAUACGAGGAAUGCAAACGGUCUGAGAGGACAUGUGGAGGCCUAUGUUGCUGCUUUUGAUAGACACUGGAAUCUUGCGCUCGAAGAUUGCCUUGAGCUUUGGAGCCGAAAGAUUAAAAGGAAAGCACCAGCCUUGGGAAUUCCAGUAAGUGAAAUGAAGUAUACUAUAGACCAUACUACGAAGACAAUUGUGAAAGAAUCGAAUGGAAAAUUGGAGACUUUGGAAAGACAUGUUCCACAAUUAUUAUUAAGGGGUGAGCAAGUUGCUCUAAUUGUCAAAAUUGACUAAAAUAAUUAUGGCUGUUAUUAAAAACUAUAUAAGUACGAUAUAUAUAAUAUUACUGU